UUCGAGGACCGUUUGGCUGGAAAAAUGUCAUGGCUUCGUCUGGUGACAGUGAUAUUGUGUGCGAUUAUGCUCGCGAGGGCCCGGGAGACGUGGCAAAAACCGGGAUGCCAUAAAGUUGGACACACGCGUAAGAUAAGCAUUCCGGACUGUGUCGAGUUCACGAUUACCACCAAUGCCUGUCGAGGGUUCUGCGAGUCGUUCGCCGUACCAUCGGCGCCGUUCGCUAUCGUUGGCCACAAACCUCCACAGCCGGUUACGUCGGUGGGCCAAUGCUGUAACAUAAUGGAAACGGAGGAUGUGCGGGUGCGAGUACUGUGCGUGAAUGGCAUAAGGAAUCUUACCUUUAAAUCGGCCACCAACUGUUCCUGCUAUCACUGCAAAAAGGACUAAGGAUGACGAUGGGCGGCGCAGCCAGACCAUCAGCUAGGCGUUCUAUUCUAACUUUGCAUGGGGAUUCAGUGAUGGUGCCUAAUUGAGGUCCCGACAAUGCAUCCGUUUAUUUACCUCUGAGCCAUUUGUUUGGGAGCCAUGUGAGAUAGUCGUGUUGAUCGUGCAAACCGUCAAUAGUGUACAAAAUAUGUAGUUAUUCCCUACGAUAUGCUUUAAUGAACCAAAAAUUUCAAACUGAAAAGAA